AUGGCUCCCAAGUCGUUAUGGACAACAGCGAGACCCCUAGUACUCGACGAACUGGAAGCUCGCGCGAGUGAUCUCGCAUCGGCUCACGGACGCGAUGUCAUUGCCCCAGGCGAGCCCAUCCAGAAGAUGGAGUUGAUCCUGAGACACUUGGCCCAGCGACUGAGCAAGACGAAUGCUUCAGCCUCAUUCUUGUCAUCCCCGUCCACCCGCAAGACCUCUAAGUGGCUCUGGUAG